CUUUUCUUUCCUGAGCUUAUUGUAAUCUCUGACUGUAACUUGUAAACAUCUGUCUAGAAGUGAUGAAAUGUCCCCCAUUUGGAUCCCAAUCGGCUCAGCAACAGAGACUAUCAUGUUUAAGAGCUGAGCAUCACUGCAGUAAGGUAAAAAUGAACAAACUAAAGUGUUCUAGUGGGAGAAGCUCACAGGCUAAUAAUCCCUCUAAAGAUUCCCUUUAUACAAAGCUGAGACUUUAGGAGGGAAGUGUUAAAGGAAAAUGAUUACUAGAAUAACAUCAUAAGUAAAACACCCAAUGGACGGAAAGUAAGGAUUUUUCUUAGAAGAUGAGUUUGAAAUAGAAUGUGCCAGAGGCCCCUCCAGUGUCCUCAAGCCUGCCUGCUCCCUCUCUGCCUCCGUAAAGGGUAGAAUUUGCCCCAACAUAUUACCCCACCCUUUGUACCUCUGCAGACAUCCGUUAAUCCAGAGAAGUCUUUUGUGUCAUCUGGAAAUGGAUAUUCAAAAGGUGCACUUCGUUGGCGAUUAUGUGCUCCUGCGAACAAUAGGGAAGGGAGCGUGGGCCACGGUGAGCUUGGCCCGGCACGUGCCAACUGCCACCGAGGUGGUUAUCAAAACCAUCGAUCGAAAGGGCAGUUCUGAGUUGCCUCAAGAAGCCCAUUGUCUUGAGAGCUUAAACCACCCAAACAUCACUUCACUGUUUGAGGUGAUUGUCACCCAGGACAAGUUUUACCUGGUGAUGGAGUACGUGAGGGGAGGGGACCUCCGAGAACACCUGGAGACCUCCGGCCGCCUGACUGAGCGAGAAGCACGGGCCGCGUUCCGGGAGCUGGUGUCGGCGCUCCAGUACUGCCACCACAGGGGCAUCGCCCACCGGGACCUGAAGCCCGCCAACAUCCUCCUAGAUGCCAACAGGAGCAUCAGACUGGCCGACUUUGGUUUCGGGAAGGAAGCCAAGGGCCAGAAACUGAGCACCUUCUGCGGCACCAUCUAUUACAUGGCGCCCGAGAUCAUGAAGAGACAAGACUACGAUGGCUGCAAAGCUGACGUCUGGAGCUUGGGGGUGACCUUAUACAAGAUGCUGACGGGAAAGGUGCCGUUCCGGGGGGACAACAUUGUGCGACAGAGGCAGAAGAUCCUGGCGGGGAAGUUUGAAGAGCCGAACUUCGUGAGCAGGCGGGGCAAAAAUUUGUUAAAUCGCUUACUCACUCUGGACCCCCAAAAGAGGCCGACCAUGGAAGAGGUCAUGGAGGACCGCUGGCUCAACGUGGGCCAGGAGGAUGAGCCACUGCGGCCCUACAGCGAGCCGCCCCAGGAGGACUUGGACCCCCACGUCACCGCAGUGAUGCUGGACCUGGGCUUCAAGCAGGACCAGAUCCAGCAGUCCCUGACAAACAGAAGAUUUGACAGAGUGAUGGGGACGUACCGCAUCCUAAAGAUGACACAGCCUAAGAUGCCCGGCCGCACCAUCCGGGUAAGGCCCUACCCCUCCCUUGAGGCCAGGAGCAUUUUAUCCAGCCAGGAGGUCGGUCAGUCAGUUGAUAAAAAGACUGAAGAGCCUUCCUGUUCACUAGGCUGCCCGGGGUGGAAGGUGACCACUCCCCCACCCAACCUGGUGGAAACCAUAUCCACCAGUGCCCCAGCCGACCCCCCUGCGUUCAGGACAGCUACCCCCAGCCCAGUCCUGAAGCGCGGCCCUGGGGGCUCCCCCACCAUGGGCAACAAUAGCCACAGCAACAGCAGUGUCAGCAGUGGGGGAGCGGCAGGGGGAGCCGCCCAUGAACGCGGCCUCCACACCGGGCAGGCUGAGGAGGAGAGGGAAGACCUAGACUGCCCAGGCUCGAACGCGACCACUCCCCCACCCAGCCUGGAAGCCAUAGCCGCAGCUCCCCCAAUCACCUCCACUGAGUUCAGGACAGCCACCCCCAGCCCAGUCCUGAAGCGCGGCCCUGUGGGCUCCCCCACCAUUCGCAACAGAAGCCACAGGAGCACCAUCAGCAGGGGUAGAGCCCGAGGGGGAGCCGCGCAGGAAAGCGGCCUAGACACUGGGCAGGCUGAGGAGGAGACGGAAGACACAGACUGCCCGGGGUCGAACGCGACCACUCCCCCACCCAGCCUGGAAGCCAUAGCCGCCACUCCCCCAAUCAACUCCACUGAGUUCAGGACAGCCACCCCCAGCCCAGUCUUGAGCACCAUCAGCAGGGGUGGAGCCAAAGGGGGAGCCGCCCCUGAAAGCGGCCUCCACACUGGGCAGGCUGAUGGGGGCAGCCCAGUCUCUCCCUCUGGCCACAGCCAGGGCCGGCCGGGGUGGCUUAGAAGGGCCUUGAGAGUCAUUUUAAAAUGCACAUGCUGUGGGGCACCCCCCAAGAAGAAGGGAUUUAGAAGGACUAAAGUCCAACCCACGUAAUUUUUUAAAAUCUUGAACGGUGAAGGCGGGAGCACAGUU